CAGAGUUUGUCCACAUAGUCAUGAAGUCGUUUAUUGCUGUUACUUUCUUGGUCGGUUUGGUCGCCUGCAGCCAAGCUUUCUCAAUCGGUGGCUUUAUCAGUUCCGUUGCUAAGCACCAAAGAGAGAACGUACAAUUGAUCCGUGAUCAAAUCAAAGGAAACAUCAAUAGAUUGACCGAAGACGUCAAAGAAAAUACCAAUGCCAUCCUCAGCGGUAACAUCUUCGGAGCAGCGAAGACGAUUACCAAGAACUCAAUUAACAUGGGUAAAACUGUAAUAGACCAACAUUUACAAAAUGGUGGAAAGUUCGCUGCUGAUGCUUUGGAAGAUUUGAAGUUGCUCAAUCCAUUCCGUCCGAAAUCGACUACUGCUGCUCCAGUCCCGGAAACCCCAGCUCCUGUUGCAGAGGAAACUCCUGCACCUGCUGAGCAAGAAACCCCAGCUCCUGUUGAGCAAGAAACCCCAGCUCCUGUUGUACAAGAAACUCCUGCUCCUGUUGAGCAAGAAACCCCAGCUCCUGUUGUACAAGAAACUCCUGCUCCUGUUGAGCAAGAAACCCCAGCUCCUGUUGUACAAGAAACUCCUGCUCCUGUUGAGCAAGAAACCCCAGCUCCUGUUGUACAAGAAACUCCUGCUCCUGUUGAGCAAGAAACCCCAGCUCCUGUUGUACAAGAAACUCCUGCUCCUGUUGAGCAAGAAACCCCAGCUCCUGUUGUACAAGAAACUCCUGCACCUGCUGAGCAAGAAACUCCUGCUCCUGUUGAGCAAGAAACCCCAGCUCCUGUUGUACAAGAAACUCCUGCACCUGCUGAGCAAGAAACACCAGCUCCUGUUGUACAAGAAACCCCAGCUCCUGUUGUACAAGAAACUCCUGCUCCUGUUGAGAAAGAAACCCCAGCUCCUGUUGUACAAGAAACUCCUGCACCUGCUGAGCAAGAAACACCAACUCCUGUUGUACAAGAAACUCCUCCUCCUAAUGACCAAGAAACACCAGCUCCUGCUGUACAAGAAACUCCUGCCCCUGCUGAGCAAGGAACUCCUGCUCCAGUUGCACAGUAAGUUACUGUUGCUACUAAAGAAUAAUAUUGCAAGCUCUGUACCAGAAUAGUAAAAUAGAACGGUAUUCACGUCAAGUCAAUCCAACCUCUGAGGAAAAUUCACAAAAUCAUCAAGAAAACUAAGAAUUGCAACAUCUGAAAAGCCACUGAAGAUUCGCCCAAGAACCAUUAAAAAAUUAAAUAAAUAUAGAGCUAAAUAAUUUUCUAUUUAAUUAUAUAAUCCUAUCAAAAAUCUUCUUUUUCAAAUAUUGAUGCUUUUGACCUAUCAUUAAUUUUUUUUUUAAAUUCAUAACAUGUUUAGCAGAAAGAAUUGU